AUGGCCGCUGCGUUCGAAAAUUUCACCACUACCACUCAUGAUGCCUUCAUCUGGCCUUAUCCGGUGCCGUUGAUAGCAAAACCGGCCCAACCACCGAUGAACACAGGAUUGCGCGUGUUCACUCCUAGAAUCGAUCCCGAAGAUUGUCCGUGUGACGUUCACAGCUAUGAGAAAAGCAAAAAUAGAUACAAAUAUCUAGCUGAUAAGGAACGACAGAUCGUGGAUCAAUUGGUAAAGGUUAACCGGGAAAUGACCAAUCUGGCGACGGCCAUGUUGGACAGUAAUUGCGAGUCAAUGGACGAGACGAUGAAGAGCGUUUAUAAAACGGAUUACUCGAAAAGAGGUUUACCGAUCCAGGUGUACAGGCAGCUAAAAGCCGCGGUCGAUUCGCCAUAUUGUUCACCGAUUAAAACGGAAACUUUGGAAAUAAAACGAGGAUACAGGGAUCCAAAUAGGUUUCGAUACUCCGCCAUUGAAAGACCCCACAUACAACCAGCUAAAACUAUUAAUCUUUUCGAAGUUCCAGAAACUUUCUCUUUGUGGGAGGAACCUUUUACCAGUCGCUCGGAAUACACGGUGACCAUUAGUAAGAUGGGUCUUAGUAACAUGAAGAAUCGUCAGCAAUAUCUUGAACCAAUACCUUCUUCGAGAAGACGAUUCGGCGAUUGCAAACUAUUGUUGCCCACCGAAUACAGCCGGAAUUAUUUCAAAAGAAGACCAGUACCCGCGGAAAUAAUCCUACCGAGAGAUCGUUUCUCUGAGCGCAUAGAAGAUGGAGAGAUCGAUCCUCGUGUGGCAUCGAUCCCAUCGAAACUCGACGGGGCCGCUGAACAAUUAAUCCACAAACAUAUUCUCGAUCACCAACGAACCGUUUAUCAAGUCAGCUACAAGAAUCACUGGGUUCGUAAGAAACGAUCUCGAGAGGAACAGUCGGAUGAAGAAACAGAGGUCAAGGAAAAGGAUAUCCAAAACGAAUUAUUAGCGUACAUUCGUGAACUAUAUUUCAAUCCUCAUAACGAAAAAGUCCUCGCUCCGCCCGUUACGGCGAAACGAACAAUUUUAGCUGCAGUGUGUUUUCACUUGCACUGGGUCAGAGGAAGGGGAACUUUAGAAAGAUGGCAUACUAAAGUCACAUUAAGAAAUCUAAAUAUUAUUGGUUUUGUGAGUGCUGUUGUCAGUAUCACAGCGCUAAUUUGGUACCUUUUUCUCACAUGUUACUACCAGAUUCCCAUUCAUCCAAUUUCAGAAAGCACUGCAAUAUCAGCUGUGUGGUCUAUGAUUUGUGGUAAAUGGGGUAUUUCAUUAACAUACCAUACUUACAAAUAUGAAUUAAUUAUUCAGGAAGAUUCUGCACCAAUAAUGACAGAAAGUAAUGCUUAA